UUAUGCGAGCGACUCCCCUACGUCAUAAGUAUGCGCCAGUCUCUCUAAUCUCGACAACGUGAAGAAAACGUGGGAGUCAGUUUUCCUUCUGACAGGUAGUUUCUUCUUUUUGAGGUCCUCGCGUCACUUAAACCGACGUUUGAGAGUCACAGUGUCAUUUUCAAGCUUACUGGGAGCUGCAGAGCGCGAGGCCGUUCAAAAGUCACGUGAACCGAGCUUUUUUUGCGGGUGUUUUGCUAGCAGCAUGGAUAACUCCGAGGAAAGUGCCAUUGAGCUCCACGGAGAUGAGGAAAUUAUUGAAGUCAUCGACCUGAACGACACGGAGCCUGGCCCAGAUGAUUUGGCUGAUGACUUGGAGGACGUCGACUUCGAUGACGCUGGAAACGCAGGUGAUGACAAUGACGGCUGGGAGACUGAGGACGAGAUGGAGGCUGAGGCAGAGCAGGACGACAGCGAUCUCACCUUCUCCAAACACACCGGCUCGGUGUUCUGUGUGAGUUUGGACCCAGCGACCAACAACUUGGCUGUGAGCGGAGGGGAGGAUGAUAAGGCCUAUGUUUGGAGGGUGAGCGAUGGGGAAGUUCUGCUGGAGUGCACAGGUCACAAGGACUCAGUGACGUGUGCCAUGUUCAGCCAUGACUCCUCCCUGGUGGCAUCCGGAGACAUGAGCGGCUUGAUUAAAGUCUGGAAAGUAGAAACUAAAGAGGAGAUCUGGUCCUUUGAAGUGGGAGAUCUGGAGUGGUUGGAGUGGCAUCCCUGUGCUCCAGUGCUGCUAGCGGGAACGAAUGAUGGCAACGUGUGGAUGUGGAAGAUCCCCGCAGGAGACUGUAAAACCUUCCAGAAAGUGAGCGGCGCUUCAAGACUUUUACUGAGAUGCAUGUCUGUUUGUCUCCUAACAGGUCAGGAUGGACACCAGGGGGCGCUAACCUGCCUGGCUUGCAAUAAGGACGGCUCUCUGAUGCUGACAGGUUCAGUGGACGGCUGUGCAAAGCUCAUCAACAUCACCACGGGAAAGGUGGUCGGCGCGUUCUCUGUGGAAGGAGGCAAAGGAAAAGGCUCAAAAGAUGAAGAGGAAUCGAACUCUGUGGAAUCUGUGGGAUUCUGCAACGUCCUGCCGCUCAUCGCUGUCGCGUACUUGGAUGGGACUCUGGCCAUAUACGAUCUCUCCACGCAAGCCCUGAGGCACAGAUGCCGCCACGAGGCUGGCAUCGUUCACCUGCAGUGGGAACAGUCUUCUUCUGUGGUGUCCACCUGCAGUUUAGACGGCGCGCUGCGUUUAUGGGACGCUCGUUCAGGCAACAUGGUGGCUGAGUACAAGGGCCACACCGCAGAGAUCCUGGACUUCACCAUGAACAGGUAUGAUUCCACAGCACGCUGCCAGGACUGUGCGCCCUGCUCAAGGGCACUUAAGUGCAUUAGAAAUGAGGGAUGUGCAGAAGUAGUUUUUCACUGGGAGGCACCAGAAAAACUAGUUGUUCUAAUUUUGUGAAUGCAGAACACAAUUUCUGGCUGUGAGAAAGUCUUUCCCCUUCCUGAUUUAGUUUAAUUCUUUUCUCUUUUUUGCAUAUUUGUCACACUUACAUGUUUCAGAUCAUUAAAAAUGUUGUUUAUGAGUCAAAAAUAACUCUGACAAAGUGCAGUAGGCUAAAAUAUCUCAAAAAACAACACAUCAAGCUACAAUCCAGAGAAACAGCUGAGAAACAAAGUAAUUUACCUCUCAGUCUGGAGAGGGUCUUACAUUUCUAAGGCUUUGAGGCUCCACUGAAACACAAAACAAAUGGAGAAAGCCUGGAACAGCAGUGAACCUUCCCAGGAAAGGCCGACCUACCAAAGCUACUCCAUCAACGACUCAACCACGAGGUCACAGAAGAGCCCAGAACAACAUCUAAAGAACUGCAGGCCUCACUUGUCAUAAUUGAGGUCAGUUCAUGAUUAAACAAUCAGAAGAAGACUGGAUAAAAAUGGCUGCUUCACUGGUUCAGGACGACUUGCCGUGAUUGAUGCAACCAUGAAUUCUGCUCUCUACCAGAAACUCCUGAAGGAUGAACUGAACCUCAAGUUUGAAGUAGUUCUGAAGCUCCAGUUUACUGAAGGAUCGUUGUUGCACUCGUGUUACGCAGCAGAACAAUGAUGUGAAGCACAGCAGCUCGUCUGCAUCUGAA